GAUUUCGACGAUCGGCCGACCAACCGCUCCUCUCGUGGAGACAGUCAGUCGUUUCGAGGCCGCCGAGUUGACCGGGCGUCUUGCGGAAGAGCCGCAUCGGGUCGUACUGUGUGUCUCUUUCUCUCUCCCCAUCGCUUCGCUUCUCUCUCACGUCGAUCCCUUCUUUUGUUGGCUACCCCAUUGCGAGUUUGGUACAGCCGGCAUCGAGAACCAUGGCGGGUACUGUAAUCACGACGAUUGCAAUAUUGCUAGCGGUGAUCCAGGCUGCCCUGUGCAAGUCCAACGAUGUCUCGCCGGAUCCGACCAAGUUCUUCCCCGACGUCAAAGGCAAUCUCACGAAGAUUGUCUGGGCGCACGCCGUCAAUAAUCGGACGAAAUUGAUCGAAGCACUUUCGUCAGAGGAUAUCAUGAUGCUGGAAGCCGACGUCGUUGUUGGAAACACUGGCAAUCAAACUGAUAUCCCGAUAAUGGCGCAUCCACCGGACAAGGAGAGCGAUCUAUCACUCGAGAAUUUUCUCAACUUCACCUAUCACAAUAACAAAAAGGGCAUUAAACUGGAUUUUAAAUCCGAUGAAGCAUUCACGAAGAGCAAGCCUAUUCUCAAAGAAUUUCGAGAAAAACUAACGUUUCCGGUAUUCCUGAAUGCGGAUAUUUUUCCUGGACCUGGGGGGAACAAUACUAUUCCGCUUAAUGCGACAGAAUUUCUGAAAGGAGCUAACGAAACUAUACCACAGAGCAUCAUCUCCGUCGGCUGGACAACCAGAUAUGAAAAGAACAGCACCGAGGGUCGAUACAGUUCGGAACAGCUUCAAUCCAUGAUCAACGCUCUUAACAAGAAUAAUGUUACCCAAUCGGUAACUUAUCCCGUACGAGCCGUCUUCGCAGCAAACGAUAUCGAUGGCAUAAAAACGUUGUUGAAGAACACGACGUUCACCAAGGCGACACUAACGAUCUGGUCGUCGGAGGGCGAUUCCGUCGAUGCCGCGAACCUUUCGAAAUUAAUCAGAGAUGUGGGACUCGAUAAGGUCUACGUGGACGUGCCGGAAGAUCUAAAGAACAAACUCGAACUCUCGGCUGCAUCCACGAGUUCCAUGAGUUCCAUGAUGAUAAACCUGGGCGCGUCGUCCAUGGCGCUCCUGGUCCUCUUGAGGAUGCUGUGAAAUCCUCUUGAGGCUGCUGAAGAACGUAAACGUCGAGAGUAGACUUGUGACGAGAUUCGAGAAAAAAGGAGCCCCAAUCUCCUUUCAUCUCGUGAAUCUUGAUAAAAGAAAUACGAGCGAACGACAGAAUCCGAUAACGAUCACAUGUUGUGAAUAUCACUUGAUUACUCUCGCGAUCGUUUCAUCGGAUCUCUGCCCGAUUCAUCGUGGCUAUACUUUCUAAGACGUACCUCUGAAAAUACUCGAUUCGUCGCAACAAACACAAUUUCCACAAUAUAUCCUAAGAAUCUUCCCCGCGCAAAAUUAUCAAUACAUUUUGUACUUAAAAUCGGAUUAUUCAAAUGACACGAUUCCGUUGAAAUGCAAUCUUUUACAAUAUAUUUGACGCGGUAUAAGUUACAUAACGUUACGUAAAAAGGCAUAUAUCGACGUAGGCGUAUCGAUUCACAUAUCGCGAGAGUAACUUUAAUACCUGUUAAAAGAAUAUUCUAAUGCUAUGUACCUACUGUUAAUUAAUGUCGACAAAGUUUCUUAAUAUAUUGCAUCACGCUUCGUUAAAGAAAUACACUGAUACACGGAACGAUCGUAGACCGGUCGCACAUUUAAAAGAAUCAUUGUAUAAAGUAUAUACUCGUAAAAAGUGCGCAUCUAAUAAAUUUCUUUUAUCUUUUUUUCUGAGAGCGUUAUGAAGAAAAGGCAUUUUAUGUGCAACCUUAUAUUAAGUGCUACGUGUAUUGUACUUGCCGCGCACAUUCAUCGUGUUUAAUGUCCCUUUGCAAUAUUCACCGUAUUAUUCUCUAUACCUGCGUUAACAUAUCUCCGAUCUAGGUACAGCGAAAGAUAAUAUUUAGUCUCUAUGUAAACUACAUAUCCAAGCCAAAGGAUUAAAAAUGCAGUAUACGAUGUGAGUGCAUUGCGUUUGAUAACGAGUCAAUAAAAUAAUGCAUAAAAUUA